UGUCGUUGCCCCGCCCUUCCCCGCCUAAUGUAUGGCCCGACGCGGGCGCGCGCCGAGCGGAGCCGGAGGGCGGGGCAGGGAAGGUGCUUCGCGCCUGCUUGCUUGCCAGCAUUUUUCGGCGCCGCCGCCAUCGCGCAGCCAGCCCUUCGGCUUGAUUGGGUCGAGUGAUGCCGCCGCGACAAGCAUAGGCCGUCCGCCGCCAGCACCCACUGUUAGCUGAGCGAGCCUGGUUGCCAACCUCUACGUGGGCACAGCGGGCCCUUCUCCCUCCUUUUGCUCGCGGGGCCAGGCGUGUGUCUCCACGCGUGGCGCGGGCUCUAUGUCCUGAAGCGUAAUUGCGCUUUGAAGCAACAGGCCUAAUCUAUCAGCACCGACCAGCAGCAU